AUGGAUUCUCCAAAGUUCUUCACGGAAGAAGAGGCCGCGACCGGCUCGGCGGAGGUGAGCGCGGAGUCUCUCGGGCUUUCACCACAGAGUUCGCAGGGCGCCGACUCCCUCCCCGCCUCCGCGGCGCGUCUGCCUUCUUCAUCUCGUUCUGCCUUGUCUACCGCGCUGCCUGAAGAGAGAGAUGGUGCCUCUUCUUCUUCCCACUCCCUGCCGCUACGCAAAGCCAGCUCGAGGGCCUCUGAAGCGCCUUUCAAGCCUCCCGCGGCUGCGCGGCAUCGCGAUCGAGACGCUUCAGCGCGAGCUGAAGGACGCGUGGAGACUUCGCCGCAGGGAGACGGCAGGUGCGCGACUCCGCCUUGCGCGGCGACGCACUCCACUCACGCGGCACGCCUCACGAAGCGCGACGACGCCGUUCAAGCCUGGAUCCGCGUCUGGGCGGAGCUGGGGCCGGCGGCGAACUUCUCGCGGGAGAUCGAGCGCGCCAAAAAACAGGCCGUCGAGUCCCGGAAGAGACUCGCCAGCGACACGAAAGAGUUCCGGCGCCUGGCGGGAUCUGCGCAGGUCUCCGAAGAGCAAAAGCUACGGUCUUCAGACACCCUCUUGAGGGCCUACCAGCAGGAAAUCGACAGUUUGACGCGCCGCGCGAAAGGCGCCGAGGCGACUUUUCUUUCGCUCAUUCAACUUCUGCUUCAGCAGCCCGACCUCACGGGACUCCUCCUAGGGCUGCAGACGGAUGCGGCGGCGGCGCUCGCCUCCGCCGCGGCGUCGCAGCAGGCGGCGCUGGUCGAUGAAGAGCAUCAGUCGCAGCUUCUGGCGUCUCUGCGCGAGGAGACGGCGUGCCGGGAGGCUCUUGAGCGUGAGCUGCAGCGGCUGGAGGAGGUCGCUCGCCAGCAGGACCGCGCGCGGGAGAAGCUCGCGUGCGAAAACGAGGCACUCAGGCAGCAAAUCCAGGACUUGGAGAGCGAGUUCGCCACCCUGACCAACCAAGCCGUCACAGUUCGCAGACUCGAGGAGGAACGUGAGCAGAACAAGCGCCUUUUCGAGCAACGCGUCCAGACGGCAGUCGCCGAGAAGGAGAAACACCUCCGCGCGCAGAUGGGCGCAAAGGAUCAAAAGCAGGCGCGGCUAACGGAGCUGUUGAAGCAGACUGCACAAACGCUCGAGGAAAGAAAUCUUGUUCUCGAAGGAAAGGUUGCCGAGGGACAGCAGCAGCUCAUCCAGCUGAAGGCGGAAUCGGAGAAGAGGUGUGCGGCGCUGCAGAGCGAGAUCUCGGUGUUGAAUCUGCAGCUGGAGCAGGCGCAGAGAGAAGACGCAAACGACAAAGCCUUUCCCUCCCUCGCCGCGGAGGGAAGCGGCUUCGCGCCGAAUGCCAGAGCCCUCGAAGUAGCCCAGCAGCGCAUCGCCGCGCUCCAGCAGGAGGAACGGCGUCUGCUCGAGCGGCUGAAGCAAGUUGAGAAAGACAAAGAGGCCGGCGAGCGUCGCUGGCGGGAGGAGAGCGAACGUCUGGCAAAGACACACGCACAGGAGGUUGAGGAGCUGCGGCGUGCGCUUCGGGAGCGUCCAGCCGAGGUAGGAGACCCCCAGGCAGAACGAAGUCUCUCUGAGACGGAGCCGUGGAUGGAGAGUCUCGCCGCGCCGCGCGACGAGAAAGACGAUGCACCUGCGGCAGCCGCGCUGCUUCAGCGCCUCGAAGAGCUCGAGAGGCGCCUCCAGACCAGUGAGAAGGAGUGCCAAGCGCGCGAAGCGGAUCUGAAGGCGAAGCUCGAGGAGGAGCGCAGACAGCACAUGGAGGUUGUGGCGGCGCUGCAGCGCAACGCGGGAGAGUGCGCCGUACGCGAAGGAGCGAGAGGCGGAGGCCACGCAGAUGCAGAUCAAGAUCAGUGCGGCGACGGGGGUGACGAAUGCGGAGACGAAGGCAAGCGCAAACUCCCUUCGAUGCUGCAAGUCGUUCUGAGCCAGCGCGAGCAGUACCGGCUGCGCGUUGCUGCGCUCGAAGAGGAGCUGGAGGCGGUGCGAGCGCGGUUGAUCAUGCAGCGGCAGGAGCUACUAUCACCGCGGUGUGCCGCGGCUUCCGCCGGCGAGACGCCGGCGGGUCUCUCCUCGCAGGGCGACCCUCUUUCGGCUGCCUCGCAUGCAGCGCCUCGAUUUGCGGGCGCCGACGGUGAGCGAGACGGCGCGGCCUUCGCGUUUUUCGCCGGCGCGCCGCGGGUGGAUCGCGAGACCGAGGAGGCGCAGCCGCCCGCAGCGGGCUUCGGCGCGGCACUUCUGGCUGUCGCCCGGGGCGUCGCGCGGGCUGCGAAGCACACGGCCGCGAGCGUGUGGGGGCCGCCGGCGGAGCGGCGGCGGAAAGGCAAGCGAAGAAGAGGCGAGCGGAGACAGAGCAGGCAGAGGAGAGGCGAGCGCGGAGACUGGCGAGCGUUGCCCGCCGCAAGCCCCGGGGACGCGGCGCGAGAAGGCGACGGGUGGAGGCGAGAUCGCGCGUGCGGGCGAGACGAGGAAGCGUGGCUUGGAGGAGGUUUCUCUUCCUCUCGCAGCGACUUGAGUGACAGUGCAGACGCCGCCGCGCUGGCUACUUCGGACGAAGAGGACGCGAAGGCCGCCGCGAUGGCGCGCGCGUGGUCAGGUCAAGAAGACGAGACGCGGGGGGGCGAGGGGCCUCGGCGACGCGAGGACGGAAAAAGGAAGCGAGAGAGCGAGGCUGGCGAGUUUUCCGUGUAUGGGUCGAGUGGCGUGCACUCUCUCUCUCUCCUUCCUGUGGCUUUCUCCGCGUCCGGAGGCCGACGGUCGUCUCGCGAGGGAGCCGCGAAGGAGACUGCAUUCUUGAAUCAGCUUCAGACGCUGAGCGCCGCCGAGCGCAUCGUCCUCAUCUGGGGGCGGAUGCUUCUGUCCUGCCGCGCCACGCGGCUCUUUGCGCUCUUUUACUUCCUUCUUCUGCACUUCCUCGUCGUCCUCAUUCUCUUUUACCACGCAGAUGUCCAGAGUCGAGGCGCCGCGGAGCGCGGCGGGAUCCUCGACACCGACGCGCCGCAUGCGCACUACCACUACUACCUCAACGAGUGA